AGCAUCCGGAGGGAGGAAUUUUGGCAGCUCCGGCGCCGCUUUUCCCAACCCUUCCUGAUCCACCGCAGCUCCUCAGGCGCCGCUUUCCUGCCCGCGGGAAGGGUGGGAACACCCCAGGACCGGGCUGGGAAGCGCUCUGGGAUCCCGGGAAGUUGCUUUUCCAGGCGUUUUUCCAGGCCAGCGGGAGCUUUGGCAGGGCCGUGCCCGGCGCCGCCGCCGUUAAUCCGGGCACUGAUCCCGGCUGAUGCCGCAGGGUCGGGGGUCACCGGCAGCCCCCGCCAUACUGCCGGCAUUCCCGGCUUUCCCUCCAGCCCCAUUCCCGGCUUUUUGGCCCAUGGGAAGCGCAUCCCGCUGAGCCCGCGAUGCUCCGCACCCCGCGGCUCGCCGCGGCGCCGGGGUGGUCGCUCCUCCUUCCUCCCUCUCCUCGCUCCUCCGGCCGCUGAUUCCUCCUCUCGCUCCAAGGCUGAGCGGAUUCCCGGGGAAAAAAAACAUGGAGCGGGAAUUGCCCCGGAGCAAAUCCCGGCUGCCCUCGCUGCUCCUGGCGCUGCUGGGGCUCGGCCCAGGGCUCUUGCAGGAGGCGCGGUUUGAGGCGGACAAUGAGGUUUUGGAGAUGCUGGCUGGGAAUUCCACCCAGUCUCUCCUGGAGCGUUGUUCUGAGCUGCUCUUCGGCCAAGCCCGGGCUCAACCCCGCCAGGUCAACGGCGUCCUGGGGGGGUCCGUGCUGCUGUCGCCGGCUCUGCCCCCCAACAAGACGGUCAAGGAGAUCGAGUGGAGCUUCUCCGGUGGCACCGGGGCCACCAUCCAGGUGGCCGAGUUCGGCCCCGGCGGCUUCGACCGCCCCGAUCCCAAGGAUCGCUUCGGGAAGAGGUUGGAGAUGUACAACGAGACGGCGCUGAGGAUCCGGGACCUGCAGAGGGGCGACAGCGGCGUUUUUGGGGCCAGGAUUAAGAUGCAGCCGGCGCUGGUGGAUGAUCAGUCCUUCAACCUUUCGGUCUACGAGUCGGUGCCCAGCCCCCGGACCCGCAGCCAGCUGCUGGCCAGCACCGUGGAGUGGUGCAACCUCACCCUGCAGUGCCAGGGCGCCGGCAAAGGCGCCGUCAACGUCACCUGGAAGCGCGACAGCCUCACCUGGGGCAGCCCCGGCGAGCUGGGCACCGACCGCCACCAGCUGUCCCCCGACGGCACCACCCUGCGAGUGGCACUGCCACCCACGGCCGCCAAUGUCACCUACGCCUGCACCGUCAGCAACCCCGCCGACCACAAGGUCGCCCUGUUCGACCUGCAGGCCCUGUGCCAGGGCGGAGGGGGACAGUCGGCCUUCUCCAAGUCGGGGUACAUCGUGCUCACGCUCAUCCUGGUGGCCGUGAGCCUGGGCGGAGCCUUCUGGUGCUGGAGGAUGAACAGCGGCAAGGCGGCGGAUCCAGCCGCCACGCCCACGGUGCCGGCCGAGGAGAGCCCCGCGGAGCCCCAGUACAGCGACAUCGUCUGCAGGAGCCCCCCCGAGGGCAACGACCAGGGUCCCAGCCCCCCCGAAGCCCCCCAGGAGCCCAGCGAGACCCAAAAAGCAGAACCCCAAAAAGAAGAGGCCGCAGCCCCAAAAUCCCCCCCGGGGGGCGGCGAGCAGGGCCAGAGACCCCCAGAGGACACGGCCGAGGAGGUGACAUAGGGCCGCAGGCCCCGCAGCGCCGGAGCUCCGGGAUCUCCUGGAAGGGCUGUCAGAGUGCGUCGUGUGCCAAACCCCAACCGAAUCCCAAAUCCAGCGCCCCAAUUCCGGCUCCGGCCGCGGGAGGAGCCCCCUCGGCACCGGAGCCCCCUCGGCCCCACCACCGGACGGACUUUUCCCUCCCUUCCCACCCCAAAAUCCUCGGGUUUCUCCCCAGUUCCCUGCCUGAAGCCCCCCGAGACUGCUUUGGGGAGGGGGAUCCCGGCCAGAGGUGGCACUGGGGGGUCCCUGCGCGGUCCCCGCGGGUUUUGGGCUGUGGGGAUGCUCUCGGCCCCACAACCGAACGGACUUUUCCCCAUUCCCCACCCCAAAAUCCUCGGGUUUCUCCCCAAUUCCCUGCCUGAAGCCCCCCGAGACUGUUUUGGGGAGGGGGAUCCCGGCCAGAGGUGGCACUGGGGGUGGCACUGGGGUGGGUCCCCGGGUGUUCCCCGCGAGUUUUGGGAUGCUCCGGGAUGCGAGAAAAUUCGGGACUCGCCCGCCAGGCGCGGCUGUCACCGGGGCGGGGACACCGCCGAGGGCACGGGGACAUCCCCUGGCCCGGCGGGGACACAGCGAGCGCCCCCCGUGGGCACAGACGGCACCUGGGGGGGCACAGGGACCCCCUCCAGCCCUCCGGGGUGCCGCAGGGUGGGGAGGGGACGCGGGGCGGGGGUGGCACCGGCGUGUCCGCCCCGUGUCCCCGCCCUGGGGUGGCACCUGCGGGGACACAGAAGGGACCGGCGCCACCACGGAGCGCACCCCCCCCUCCCCUCCCCUCGCUGUCGCACGUGUCGCCCGCGCACUGUCGCGACAGAGGGGGGCGUGCACUGUCGCGACACCGCCCGUGUGUGUCCCGCACCCCCCGCCCGCGGGCGGAACAACGAGCAAAUAAAUGUUGGUGACGUCA